GCGUUUCAUGUGUUGGUGCGGGAAAAUAAAGAGCAAUCUAAUUUUCUCGAAACUUUAGUGGAAAAUAUGGUCGGAAAAAUGGGUUUCGGUUGAGCGAGAUGACGAUGGAAGUUAGGGCAAGUACAGAAGUGAAAGGAUGUGUGAGUUCUAAUUGCGAGAAGGAAUAAUGGCAGAAAAUGGGAUAAAAUAUUGGCAAACACCGGCUUAGCUGAAUCAUGAACGAUUCUCGAAGGAAAUCGGCGUUAGAAUGAAGAUCGCCUAUCUGCUGGCUUUGGCAGAUGUGGUUAUCGACUUACUAAUCGAUGCCGACGAAAGAUUCGUCCGAAUUCAACCGCUACAUCUUGUAAAACAUGUAAACUUGUAAAUUGAUAAAUUUGGAGACGAAAAUCAUGUUAUCAUUGAAAUAAGGCUAAAAUGAUCAACGCUCCACACCGUAUCGCGUUCGUAACACGGGUUCUGCAAUUCUCUCUCCCCCUUUGCCCCUUUUGUUGGUAAGUUGUUUGUCAACAACAAUCAGCUGUUCCGUUUUGUUUUCAUCCAACGUCAAGCUGUGUAGCGUCUUUUGCCCCGUGACGUCAUCACGCGGAAUCGAUUUUUCCAGCCCUGUACACACACACUCACCCACGCGCAAUCACACACACACGCACGUAGACGGGGUGGCGCAUAGCUGUCAAAAGUUUUCCAGCCCAGUUUUCCCGAAUGCUGGUGUUACAAAGAGCUGUUUGAAAAUUGCCAGUUUUCGCACCCACCCGCGGGUUGGUGAAAAUGUCCUCUACCGUGUUUCAUCGCCGGUGCGGCAAGCGGAUUACGCUGACGAACGGGAACCGCACGGCGAUGCGAAAUGUGAGUGAAUUCAACCACGGACUGGUGCUGAGUGCCGAACCCCUGCAGGACGAUGUCCUGUUUGAGGUGCGAAUCGACGAGAAGAUACAAGCCUGGAGUGGAAGCAUUGAAAUCGGCAUCACGACGGUCAACCCCGAAUCGACCGAAUUGCCCCCGUGUGCAAUGAAGCUGCGCAACACGACCUGGGUAAUGUCCGGAAUUUCCGUGCUGAACGACGGACUGCUGCUGGUCGAAUCGUACGGGCUUGAUUUGGAAAAGCUGGGCGAAGGUGAUCGUGUCGGUGUGCAGCGAACUGCUCGCGGUGAGUUGGUGUUCUACGUAAACGGAGAACCGCAGGGUGUGGCCGCACGAGACAUACCCCGGCAGGUGUACGCACUUGUCAAUCUGUACGGCAAGUGUGUACAGGUGACGAUAACGUCAGGGCAGCUGGCGGACCUGCCCGGAGAGUACGGUGCAUGCACGUCCUCGGAAGACGUAAGCGCGUCACCACAAAUCUCGCAAAAUAUCGAUCUCCCAAUGUCGGUGGAAAUGUCCGUGAACGGUGCGACGGCAACUACCAACACGACCGUGGUCGCCGGAGCAGCCACUUCCUCCAGCUCGGCCAUUACGUCCAGCACCGAGGGAACAUCCGAUCCGAGCGAUAAGCUACGCUUCCACACACGCUGCGGAUCGCUGGUGAAGCUGAGCUCCAACUGUCGGACGGCAGAGCGUCGGCGGCCGCUGGACGAGUUCAACAACGGCGUGGUAAUGACACACCGGCCGCUGUGGGACAACGAACUGUUUGAGAUCCGCAUCGACCGACUAGUGGACAAGUGGUCCGGAUCGAUCGAGGUGGGCGUAACGACACACUGUCCUUCGGCGCUACAGUUCCCAGCGACAAUGACCAACUUGCGCAGCGGAACGAUCAUGAUGUCCGGGUGCGGGAUACUGACGAACGGUAAGGGCACGCGCCGCGAGUACGGGGAGUUCAAUCUGGACGAGCUGCGCGAAGGUGAUCGUGUGGGUAUGAUGAGAAAAGCGAACGGAAAUCUCCACUACUACAUAAACGGCCGCGACCAGGGUGUCGCCGCGACGCGGGUAGCUCAAACGCUCUGGGGCGUGAUAGAUCUGUACGGGAUGACGAUCAAGGUGACGAUCGUGGAUCGGGAUGAGCGCGAGCAGCGCAAUCUCGUCACCAGGCGCAACCAUCUGCUAAGCAUGCCGGCACAGAUACAGGAGCUUCCGCUGAGCAGCUUACCGCACACCGGCACCACAGCCAACGGUAGCCCCUCGGAAGCGGAAUGUGUCGGUUCGGCGUCCACGCUGCUCGAUCGCCUGCUGUUUCACCAGAUGUGCGGUUCGCACGCGAGUGUCACGCACAGUGGCCGUACCGCGCUGCGCCCGAACGCCUCGGACGAUUUCAACAAUGGCGUUGUGCUAACGCGCCGGCCACUGCGCCCGAACGAACUGUUCCAGGUGCGGUUGGAGCGCGUCGUCACCAAGUGGGCCGGAUCGAUCGAGAUGGGCGUUACGACGCACAGCCCGACCGAGCUAGAUUUCCCCUUCACGAUGACCAACGUCCGGACGGGCACGUGGAUGAUGACGGGGAACGGUGUGAUGCACAACGGCAUGACCGUGAUCGAGCAGUACGGACAGAAUCUGGACCGGUUGCAGGUGGGCGAUCGGGUCGGUGUGGUGCGGAAGGACGACGGUACGCUUCACUUCUGGGUGAACGGCAUCGAUCAAGGUCCGGCGGCCACCAACGUUCCGGAGAAAGUGUACGGUGUGAUCGAUCUCUACGGGCAAGCAGCGCAGGCGAGCAUCGUAGACACGUCGGAGUGCGGAACGCCCGAUACAGGCAACUCGACCAUCUCCAACACGACACUCUUCCCGUCGGCCGAACCGCGGAUGCGCUUCAACACGUGCGUACACGGAAGGAAUGCGCACAUCAUCAACGGUGGCCUGACCGCCUGCCGACCGAAAGCGCUGGCCGAGUUUAACGACGCGAUCGUGUUUAGCAGCCGGCCGCUACGCCAGCGGGAACUGUUCGAGAUCGUACUCGAUACGGUGGUCGACCGGUGGAAUGGCAGCAUCGAAAUCGGCGUGACGGCCAUCCGGCCGGACGAGCUGUCCCUGCCGAGCACGGCGACCGAUCUCGAGCACGAAACGAUCAUGGUUUCCGGCACGACGCUCCUGCUGAACGGGUGCACCAUACGGAGCGAUCUCCCUUUCGAUCUGGACGCGCUCGGCCAGGGCUCGCGGGUCGGCGUGAUGCGCAACGGCGACGCCAUCCACUUUUCCGUCAACGGACUCGAUCUUGGCGCGUUUUACGAUUCGAAGGCACCGAACCUUUACGCCGUCGUUGAUCUGUACGGGCAGUGCGCUCAGGUUAGCAUUACGGCACCGACGCACGCAGCCGGAACCGGACCGGGAACCGGCGUUGGAGCGAGUGGGGAUCUACGUGCCCCGUACGCAAUCAGUGAGAACUCCCAAAGUCUGCAGGCAACGUCCGUCAUCCAGCCAAUGGCGCUGGUAGAAUCGAAGCACCGUUGGUCCUGCAUUUCCGCCAGCUCGGUAACGCUCGGCCACAACUGGACGUUGGCUUCGCGCGGUACCAACAGCGCUCUCUCGCACUGUCUCGUGUUCUCCGAUCGGCCGCUCGUGCCGGGUGAAACGUUUGAGAUUAAAAUCACCGAAGUGAACCCACUGUACGCGGGCUGUCUCCGGGUGGGUGCGACCGAUCUGAACCUUUGCGAUGAGCAUGUCCGCAAGAACAUCCCGAUCAGUAUGCGCCGCAUACCGGCGAACGUGUGGUACGUCAGCGGGAAUGAGGUUCGCCACAAUUCGACCCUACUGCAGCGAUCCCUUGCAUCGCUCGUCUGGUUGCGCGUUGGCGAUCGUAUCGGAAUCGAGCUAACUGCCAGCAGAACGCUUCGCAUCCUGCUCAACUCGGAAGACAUGAACAUCACGUUCACCAAUCUGCCCGAUUCGGCGGACGUUUUUGCGGUGGUCGAGCUGAUUGGCUCAACGAUGGCGGUGCAGGUAAUCUCGUCCCAGGGCCCUAGCUCUCCCCUACGGCCGUGCAGUCUGCGGCUGCAGGACUCGCUGGAGCUAGGGCUUGAUCCGCUCAACAAGCAGGACUCGAUGCUGGAAUCGAUCGAUUCCGACAGUCUGGCGAUGGAGUUUUCCGAGCUGUAUCUGGGCAAAAACGUGACACUGUUCGAGGACCGCAAAUCGGCCGCCCGGACGCAAUCGUACCAUCAAGCGAUCGUUUGCCUUUCCCGGCCACUCUGCAAGGGACACAGCGUUAGCGUGCGCGUUAAUGCGAUCAACACGCAGUGGAAGGGUACGAUUGCGGUGGGAGCGCUCGGUGCGGCCCCGGGCGCUUCGCCCGCCCAGUUUCCCUUUCCAACCUCGGCCAUCCUGUUCCGCCGGCCGUGCUGGAUAGUGACGCAUGAUUAUGUGAACAUCAACGGCACGAAAACGCAGUCCCGGUACGGUGAGCUGCUGGAUUCGAUUCAACCAGGCACAAUCAUUACGCUCACGCUAACGCACGCCGGCAGUUUGCUAAUCACCUGCGGACAAACGCAGCUAGAGGAGCUGGCCACAGGGCUACCGCACCACGUGUAUCCCGUGUUCGAUCUGUACGGUAAGUGUGAGCGGGUGACGAUCUACAACGGUGAUCCAAAGAACGGUAGCCCGAUCGCGGAGGAGCUGGCCGUCCUGCCGAAUGAACCACAGCGAAUGGGUGGCACAGUCAUCGGUGGUGGUGGUCCGGGAGAGUCUGGCGGGGCCGGACCGGGCGCGCUGGUUGCCGGUACCGUGCUGGACCACAACGGUGAGAAUGUGCCGCAGUGUGAGAAGGCAGAUCUGGAAGUGCACGAGAAGGAAACGGAUCAAACGGUAGCAGCUUACCAGCCGGUGGCGACUACAUCCAGCUCGUCCAAUGCAAUGAGCCGUUCCGUGAUGGACUGUGUGUCGGAGAAUUUGCUGAUGAAUAUUUCGAUUAAGAUACGCACCGCUAACGAAGCUCGCAAUCAGGAACUGUCGAACUCUUGCUGCCUCCGCGACUCACUUCAGCUGCAGCACUCGACCAAUCUCAACAUUCAGCGCAGCCAGAGCACACAUCGGUUCGGUGCGAACGCGAUGCAGGGCAGCUUCGACAGCAACCGUGGCGGUGGUGAUCAAUCGCAAUCGAUGAGCUCGGGUAACUACGACGAAGGGUUCGAGGACUAUCAGCAUCGACCGGCCGUUUCAUCAACGGCGGCAACCGCUGGCGAAUCUUCCAGCGUUACCACCAGCACUUCCACCGGAGCAGCAGGCUCGAAUACCGUCGACCGUGCAGUGGGUGGUGGUGGUGGUGGUGGGGAGGAAAACACCGACACCAAUUAUCUGGACGAGGUGGUCGUGUCGAGCAUAGAUUUCACCGGCGUAGAUGGUCCUAACGGUGAUACGGAAUGCGAUACGAAUCUGGCGGAUGUUAACCAACAGGUUACGGCGGACGAAUCGCUUGACGACGAGGAUGAUGCCGAUGAUGAUGAUGAUGAGGAUCGCGAUCGGAAUACGCGGCGAACGAAACUUGGACUGCAGCUGCAGACUGUUGGAGGAACUCCCGUCAGUAUGGCGUUGGCGUCCUCUUCAUCGCGACCGUUUGCAGCUGUUCAGCGGCUAGCUCCGGAAGGUGCUGAAAAUGAGGAAACGAAUGGCGGGCAACCGCGACCCGCGAAACCACCCAUCCCGGCAGCGUACAGUAGUUCCACGGCGUAUCCACCGCCACCGGUGGUAGAAAACCGUGACUGCGAUUAUCUGAAGCUGGUGAUGAGCUUCAAGCGUACGCUUAUGCUGCCGGAUGCGUUCUUCGUUGAUGAGCCGUGCGCCUGCUACUGCACAUCCUGUCAGCUUCCGCUGGCCAAUGCCGGUUCGUCCAACCGCCUUAAGAACUGGGUCCGGUUCCCGUUGAAUCAGCUCAUGGUACAGGGUGGCUGUGUGGUUGUGAACACAGGGGACGAUUUCGUCUGGACCACGGCGUACUACAAUACGCGCGUCGAUAAGAUACGGUCCGUGCUGGAUCACGGUCAACCGUUGCCGAUUGAAAGUGGUCAGCUACAUCCGGACGCCGCAACAUCGGCGCUGAACGAUAACUUCAUCCCCGGUACGCACAUACUGUUGCGUUCGGUUCCGGAUGCUUCCGAACCGGUCCACACCGCGCCAGCAGCUUCAAGUUCCGCCAGCACUACCCGGGGCCGACCGUUUCCGCUCCGCUACAUGGUAAAUGGGCAAUUUUUCCACAUUAAAACAGCGUUCGAGGUGCGCGUCCGUACGCAAGCGAUUUCCGCCGUUGAUCGGGACGGCUGUGACCCGGCACAGCAAAGGCCCACAGUGAUGCAGACCGAUAGCUCCACCAAUACACCGCUGGCCGGUGGAAGCUCCACGUCGGUAGCAUCGACGGCGCUCGCUUCGAGCGGGGCUAACGACAGCAACAAUGCAAAUGAUUUCACAUUCCGGUCGUGGACGACCAAGGAGGUAGAUGCCUGUGUCCUGACGGCGCUGCUAAUCCAUUUGAUGCCGAACUAGGCAGGAUCACCGGCAACAUUUCACCAAUCUAUGUCAAAUGCAGCUUUAUACAGUAAGAUUUCAUGGUCGCUUCCUUCCGGGCAGGAACUGCGGGGUUUUGAAGUACUUGGAGCUGUGUAGCUCAUCCGAAAUCAUGGUUAUUCGUAGUAUGGGCUAGGUAGAGGAGACCGAGUAGUAGCUGAUAACAUAAUUUAUUACUCCAUAUACAAGCAGAGAGAAAGAGAGAGAGAGAGAGAGAGAGAGAGAGAGAGAGAGAGAGAUAAAGAGAAAGAGUCACUAUCAGAGCGGAUUCCGAGCUCGGGAAAAUUCAGUACAAAUGACUGAAGCUUCCGCAUGCGAUAAUCCCUAUUCCUACCAUCUCUUAUUAGAUUUCUGACAGAGUUAUAUGAUCUUCAUUUGGAAGGAGGAUGCUCAGAACAGGGUUUUGCCGAUUAUGUCAUGAGAAUGAUACCGAACGACUUAGUGCGUAAAGUCCAAGGCGGCCGUGCUCAGCUCAGCAAGUCUGAGAUGGAGUGAUCCAGAGCAUUUUGAAGGUCUCCUUAGAAGGCUGAAGCGCCCGAUUGCUUUCGAACGAAUCAAAUAGCUUAUUGAAGAAUAAAAUACGUCUGAAAUUUGAUCACUUGA